CCCCUGGCCGUUGGUCUCAGGAAAGCUGCGUUCAGCCCAGCCGCCCGCCUGCAGCCAUGGUCCACGGGUACAAAGGCGUCCACUUCGAAAACUGGGCGCGGACCUACAGCUGCUGCCCCGAGAUGUACUUCCAGCCCUCCAGCCAGGAGGAGGUCAGGGAGGUACUGGCCCUGGCCCGGCAGCAGAACAAGCGCGUGAAGGUGGUGGGCGGCGGCCACUCGCCCUCGGACAUCGCCUGCACCGACGGCUUCAUGAUCCACCUGGGCAAGAUGAACCGGCUCCUCCAGGUGGACACCGAGAAGAAGCAGGUGACCGUGGAGGCGGGCAUCCUGCUGGCUGACCUGCACCCUCAGCUGGACAAGCAUGGCCUGGCCCUGUCCAACCUGGGUGCCGUGUCAGACGUGACCGUCGCAGGCGUCAUCGGGUCCGGGACACACAACACGGGCAUCGCACACGGCAUCCUGGCCACCCAGGUGGUGGCGCUGACCCUGAUGACAGCCUCCGGGACGGUUCUGGAAUGUUCCAAGUCCAGCCAUGAGGACGUGUUCCAGGCGGCGCGGGUGCACCUGGGCUGUCUGGGCGUCAUCCUCACGGUCACGCUGCAGUGCGUGCCCCGGUUCCACCUGCACGAAGUGUCCUUCCCGUCCACCCUGGGCGAGGUUCUCGACCACCUGGACGAACACCUGCAGAAAUCUGAGUACUUCCGAUUCCUCUGGUUCCCUCACAGCGACAGCGUCAGUGUCAUCUACCAGGACCGCAGCUCCCGGCCCCCCUUCUCCUCGGCCAGCUGGUUUUGGGACUACGCCAUCGGCUACUACCUCCUGGAGUUCCUGCUGUGGCUCAGCACCUUCCUGCCAAGCCUCGUGGGCUGGAUCAACCGCUGUUUCUUCUGGCUCCUGUUCAGCCGCAAGAAGGAGAGCUGCCGCAUCAGCUACCAGAUGCUCACCUACGAGUGUCGCUUCAAGCAGCACGUGCAGGACUGGGCCAUCCCCCGGGAGAAGACCAAGGAGGCCCUGCUGGGGCUGAAGGCGGCCCUGGAGGCGCGGCCGCAGCUGGUGGCCCACUUCCCCGUGGAGGUCCGCUUCACGCGCGCCGACGACAUCCUGAUGAGCCCCUGCUUCGGGAGGGACAGCUGCUACCUGAACAUCAUCAUGUACAGGCCCUACGGCAAGGACGUGCCGCGCCUGGACUACUGGCUGACCUAUGAGGCCAUCAUGAAGAAGGUGGGGGGCCGGCCCCACUGGGCCAAGGCCCACAACUGCACCCGGAAGGACUUCGAGGAGAUGUACCCCGCCUUCCCGAAGUUCUGCGCCAUUCGGGAAAGGCUGGACCCUGGGGGAAUGUUCCUGAACGCAUAUCUGGAGAAGGUGUUCUACUGAGGCAGCCGGGGGUCGAGGUGGAACACCCCCCCACACACACACCCACUCAGUCUUCCAGGAGGCUGAAGGCUGGGGUUCCCCACCUCACCCCAGAGAUGAGUCUGGUUCUGCAAGGGCCCCUCUCCCGCCUCCUUGGCCCUCAUGAGCAGCCCCAGCAAAGAACUGGCCGGAACUCUCCUCCCCCCAUUUCUAUCUCCAUGAGCACCCCACACGUCUCCACGCAUCUCCACGCGUUUUCCCAAGCUGACCAUCACCAGCAGGCAGGAAACCCCUGGAUGCCAUCCUGUCACCAUCAGGGGCUCCCAGCCCACCUGCUGGCUGGUGUCUGUCUCUGCAGGGACCCCAGGGGUGCACAGCCCCUGUGGGGGAGUCCACAGAUGCUACCCCUCUUUUUGUCCCCAGGUGCUCUGUAGCCUCCAUGCCCCCAGCCCCCGCAGCCCAUCCUCCCUGCCUCUGUGCAGGGUGCUGGGGUGGGGGGCCCACCUU